UUUUUAUGCACCUUGAGUUAGACUCUGAAAUCUCAAAGUCUCCCAGAGAAUUUCUCUUCUUCUUCUUCCCUCUGUUACUUGGAUUUGGUUCGAAAACACAGUUUCAUUUGUAUUCUCUGUCCAUUUCCAUUGAAUAUUCAUCAAAACCCACUUAAAAAUAGAACUUGUAUUUUGGAGUUCAAAGUCUCAAAACUCUCAAAAGAUUGACGAAUAUCUCGAAGAAAUGGUGGGAUUCAAGACCAUCAAAAAGAAAAUGUGGAUGUUUUCUUUGUAAUCUUUCAUCUGAUUUGAAACUAUCUCCCACUAGAAUUGUCCUCUUGCGUUAUGGAAGCCACUGCACUGAUCAUCAACAACAAGAAAGUCGUUAACCAUCAAAACUUCCCUCUCCACAAGCUCUCCUUCUGGUUCGCUCCCACCACACGUCCGCCCGGUCUACUCUCUUUCACCUCCGGCUCGUAAAAUAACAAAACCGAACUCGUAUACACUGCUUAGAAUUUGUUAUCCCCUUUCUUUUAUAUGGCUGCUUACUAUCUCAACAAUAACUUUUCGUUUGAGAAUUGUUGUGCUGGUUUUCUCGAUCCGUUUUCACGUGAUUUGGGACCGUGCGAUGGGAUUUCCCAUGGAUGGUCUUUGUCGGCGGCGGCCUCGCAGUCGUUGGUGUUGGAUAGCGAGAAAGGAGAACUGGUGAAGACGGCGGUGAAGGCUGGGAAGAAAAGCGUGACGGAAGAGAAAGCUAUAGCGGCUCUGAGGAGCCAUAGCGAGGCUGAGAGGAGGAGGAGAGAAAGGAUCAAUGCUCAUCUUGAUACGCUCCGUACUAUCUUGCCCACCGGAAAAAAGAUGGAUAAGGCCACAUUACUUGGUGAAGUAGUUGCACAAUUGAAACAACUGAAGAAGAACGCAACUGAAGCCAGCAAAGGGUUUCUUGUUCCAAUGGAUGAUGAUGAGGUCAGAGUUGAUGCAUGUGAUGAUGAUGAUGGUGAAGCCAUUGGGACUUGUCGUUUCAAGGCAUCGAUCUGUUGCGAUUAUAGACCCGAACUCUUGACCGAUCUACGACGAGCUCUCGACACUCUUCCGGUUAAGAUGGUGAAGGCGGAGAUAUCGACAUUGGGAAGUCGGCUGAGGAAUGAUUUUGUUUUUAUCGGCUUCCGAACAGCAGCGGGUGCCGAUGACGCUGAGGUAAGGGAAUAUCUAGCACGUUCUAUUCGUCAGGCCAUGAGUUCUGUCCUGGAGAAGGCUUCUCUAUCGGCGGAAUACUCGUUGUAUUCGAUAUUUCCGAAGAAGAGGCAAAGGCUAUCGUCCUUUGAUUCUUCAAGCUCAUCUUCAUGAAAGAAAGAUUACCCUUGCUUCGUUUGUGUCAAUCCACUGCGACAUCUCUUUUAUUUGCUAAUAAACAUGAUAUGUAUAUUAUCCAGUCAUGUGAAUGUUGCCUGUAAAUUUAUAUGAAUUUACCUCAUUCCGUUUCAUGUUAUCGAAUUACCUCAGCAUACAUUAGUUUUAGCACAAUAGUUUCUUGCCCAAUAGGCAGU